UACACGCUUCCUUCCAGGCGGUAACACAGCGACGCUCCCUGCCGUGCACUUUACACAACCAAAAGCUCUUUGGCGACCGUCCCUUAAGUUUCUGAUGAAAUCCUUAACCGAAAGCAGCGGAAAACCCACAGGAGGAAACGACACGAAUCAAAAGAUCUACUUUGAGAGAAAAGGCCACGCAAAACGAUUCAAACACGAGGCGUCAGUUUGACAGUUUUAGUUCCAGUAAAUAAACGAGCUUUUUGGAUCCGUCGUCGUUUUUCUGGACGUAUUGUCUCUGCGGUUCGACUGCUUCUGCUAAGCUAACAUAUUAGCAUCACCAGCUAGCGUUGGAAGAAAAGGGAACCUCCAGCCGCCACCGGCGUUUUAACCGAGAUAAAGGGAAUAAAAUGGCUCGUCUUUCAUUGUCUGGCCUGGACUUUUCCUUAAACGACGAUUCGAGUGUGCUUUCCCUUCUUUGCUAUACUAUUGUGGUUCCCGUUUGUACGAGGCUCGCUACAAGGAAGAAGUUCAGUCACCAUUCUCAGCAAUAUGUCCCCGGUUUGAACGCCGCGACAGGCGCCCUUAUCAUGGACGAUGAUAUUCACUGGAUCCCCUCCAGCAGAGCUAACUGGUAUGCCUGGCAGUCAGAGUAAAUAUGGAUAACUGAUAUACACAGACGCUUUCAUGUGGAAAUGGACAGUACUUUGAACUGCUUCAAGUAUUAACCAAACCUGUAUACUCAGCACCCUUGUUCUGCUAUUUGACAGCUGUCAAAUUGGCGCUAGCUAGCUAAAUUAACUUGCAGUUGCAUAGCACCAAGAAUUGAGUUGGCGAAGUUGGCCAUUUAAAUUAAUAUAUCUAUUUUUGCAUUAUUUGCGUUGGACAAAGUGUGCAAAAUGUUCAGUAAUAUCAGUGACGAGAGACAUAUGUCUGAGGGGCAAAGCCCAGCCUCUCCGACUAGUCACGGAGUUACCUCCUCCGGGCUUGUCAACCAGGAAAACUCGUGGAUUGGCUUACUCUCCGUGGUAUCCAGGCCUGCGCUGGCAUUUUUGCAAAAAUACCUGCCAGUGCCAUCUCGGAGCCCAUCCUUGUCUGACAAUGUAGCCGGUUGGGUUAGUGGAGACAUAAAGCGUACUUUAGUUGAGGAACGCGGGCUGUUAGGCCAGCUGGACGACAUGUUGCCUCACACGCAGCAUCCAGCUCCUCGUCUGGCCUGCCUUCAGUACCAGCAUGACGGGACCGCCGGCCUCAUGGAGACGCGAGGUGCAGGAACUUUUCACUGGCUACCCGCGGAUUCGUUAGAUAUCCAAAACGACGCUGAAGUGGACAUGGACAUUAGCCAGCAAACUCAGAUAGGGUAUUUUUCGACCGCCAGGACCUUUCUCAGUCACAUUUUGUUGAGUUCAGCGUCAGCUCAGGAAAUUAAACACGCCAGUAAAGGCAAGGACUGGCGGAGGAAGGUGGUGGAUUCCCCGGUGAAGAGUAGUGGUGUCGGCGGGACGUGGUGGGGCAGCGAGGAAAGCUCUGAGAGCGGGCGGUCGUCAGAUUUACUCCGGGGUAAAGAGCGAGCGGUUACAGGCCAUCAUUGUUCGCAACACUCAGCGACUGGUACAAAAGCCGCCGUUGCCAAAACAACCGAGCUGUUUGUACAGGGCAGCGACAGGGAAUCGAUGCCAGGAGAAAACGCUGGACAGCGUGGCCACAAAGAGGAGCCUGCUGACAAUGGAGGUCUUAAUACAACUGAAGUACAGGCAGCCACAGCACACCACCAGCCCAGUAUCAGUAGGCACCUGAUCAGUGCAGGAGCUGCCACCGCCUGCAGUGAGGUGGCACUUCUGACCCCAGAUCAGGACAAUGGUUACUCCAGCCUGGAAGAGGAACACAACUGCCAACCUCACAUGGUGAAAGACCCCUGUGAGGAGGAACCACAGCAGGUAACUGAAUGGAAGGGAGAGAGUGCCACCAUGAAGAAAGAAACAGAGGGUGAGAUUUGUGAGGAAGGAGAAUCUAGAGUAUUGGAGGCAGAUGAGAGAGAGGCAGGGAUGGAGGGCUCUGGUGUCAGUGGAUCAGAGAAUGAAGAAUCACCACCUCAGGAGGGUUCAUCAGUGGCCACUACAGUGUUGACUCCUCCCCUGUGCCAGAAUAAAGCCAUUGCCUACAUCAUUGGCAGUCCCUGCAGUGAUGAAGAUGAUGAUAGUCAGUCAGACACAGAGUCCAGCGAGGAUGACGAUGGCUUUGACAGUGAUGGUUCCUCAGAGUUGUCUGACUCUGUUUAUGAAGACGAUGAUGACGAAGGCUCUGACUCGGACAGCGAGGCAGAUUCAGAGACGGAGCGUCUGUGGAACUCGCUGUGCCAAAGCCGGGACCCGUACAACCCCCAAAACUUCACCGCCCGCCUUCACACCAGCAGCACCACCCCGAGGACCAUUCCCACCACAGUUGCCACCUCAGCCUCCCCACACUCCACCCCGGCCUCCUCUCCCGACCAGACUCCUUCACCUCUCUCCUCCUCCCCGGCCUCCCCACCCGUCACUUCCUACCCUCUGCAGAGUGACGAUGUCUGGGAUGAUUCCACUUCAGCAAGUGAGGCAGACGAAACCGAGAGCCUCCGCCUGUGGAGGUCUUUCAGCUCCUCCUCAGAUCCUUACAGCCCCCUUAAUUUCCAGGCCCCUCUGAGGACUUGUAAGCCUACUGAGGCAGGGCCCAGGAGCAGGAGCAAGAAGGCCUCCCAGAGGCCCCCUUGCUCCCCCCAUUAUACAGCAGCAGCAUCACCACCUCAAUACAGGAAGGAGGAAGCAGAGGAGAGGCUGGACAGUGGCUUUUCUGAACCCUUGGCCAGUACAAUGGCCUCCUCCUCCACCUCCACCACUCUAGGCUUUGUCACAGUGAAAAAGGUUCGUUUCUGUGAGGAUGUGGAAGAGUUUUUUGCCAGCUGUGGUGAGGAGGAGGAGGACCGGCGGGGUCCCUGGGAGGAGCUGGCCAGGGAUCGAUGUCGUUUCCUUCGCCGAUGCCAGGAGGUGGAGCAGAGCAUCGCCUACUGCCUGCAGCCCCAGCACCGCAGCGUGGUGUACCAGAGGCUGACUGUCCACUAUUGUCAGGACGGCUGAGGCACAAGAACAGAUACUGAUACAGCUGCUUGAUUCAGCAUAUCACAAACCCAUGAAACGCAAGUCUCUUUUAAAUUCUUGUCAACAGUGACUCAUGUCUCAUCAGAAAUUUUAUUAUAGCUUAUUGCACACAUUCUAGAGAUGCACCGAUCCACUAUUUUUCAGUUCCGAUCUGAUUCCAAUACAUGAAUUUGGUUAUCUGCUGAUAUCUAUGCCAGAGGUUUUUUUUUUUUUUUUUUUAAAUAUCAUUAUUAUUAUCAUCGUUAUUGUUAGUAUUAUUUGUAAGGGACUAAGGUUACAUGAGGUUGUACUAAACCACACAGCACCUCUUGGCCAACUAUUAAGGGCUUUUUAGACAGGUGACGAAAAUCACAUGUGGCUUCACGCUACUGUUGUCACAUGCAAAGGGAUAAAUUACAUUGGGCUGACCUGCAGGUCCACAUCUUGAAUCCAAAACUGCAGCACUACAGCAGGAAAACACCACAGACAUUAUGUGCCCUGAAAAUUUUUUUAAUGUCUCAUAAAUGUACUAAAUUUUCCACUAGCCAAGUAAACAUUGUAGCCAGCAUGUACAAGCACGGAUGUGACUUUUUUACAAGGAUGAGCCCGUGCCCUGCAUUGCUUGCCUUGUGUUGCUGCUCCAUUCACCUCAUUUGAAAAUGAAUUUAAGGCAAGGUGAUUUUCGUAGCCCAUGUAAAAAGCCUUGACUAGCUCAGUCAUCUGCAGACUAUAAUAGUCCAGUGCAAGCUCUGCCUCUACAUCCAACUCUUAAAUUUCUGGGAGACAAAAAAAAAAAUGACUACUGGAUAUCUUUGUAGAACUGUGUAAUUAUGUGCUAUUGGCUUAAAAUUGCAUUAUUACAUUUAUAAUUCAUAAAAAACAUCGGACUAUGGAAUCUGGAUCUGUACAUGGAUCGGUAACAUCUGUCCGACAUCCUAUCAGUGAAUUACGUCAGUAUCGGCACCCGAUACCGAUUAUUGGAUCGGAUCGGUCCCAGCUCUUAACACCUCCAUAUAGACAUAACGUGCACCAGGGCAGAAGUGUCUGAUAAACUGCUUGAGAGUUGCUUGACACUGUUACCAGUUCCGGUGGUCUCCUCUUUUGUUUCGGUGGUCUUCUUUGUGAGAGCAUGGACUGGCUCCCCACCUGUUUGUUUUUGCUGCUCUCUGUUUUGAAUUUUGUGGAGUAAUUUUGUGAUUCAGGGCAACUACAUGAUUGCAAAAACAACUAAUGGUAAGUAUUGACUUCAGAAAUAUUGGUUGUUUGAAGGGCUUAACUUGUGGUUACACUGUGAGGAAGAACCCUUGUUAAGUUGAGAGCAAAUCCCAGUCUUCAAGAUGAAAGCUGUAUUGGGACUAAAGCCGAGGGAUUUCUUUUUUUUUUAUUGUACUUUUAGUGGUGUUCCUUCUCCCACAAAACAGCCACAAACACAGUGAUUGAAUUCAGCAUUUUCAGUCUGUCAUCUCAAUUUAGCAGAAUGCCAAACUACAGUUUCAACUAUUAAGAUACUUAACACCUCCCCAUGUGCUUUUGCAGAGUAAAAUCAGUUAACAGAUUUUUUUUCCCUCCAAGGCCAAGCCCCAAUUUGAAUGUUGAGUCUUCAGCAACUCAGAAACUUGUGUUGAGGAUCCAGGUGUUUUGGAAGACUGCUAAUGCCAAGCUUAGUAUUUGGAGUGCUGUCAGACAGCCAAAACCUCUGUGAUAUCAGAUUUUACCUCCAAAGCCAAAGAUAGCUGAUCUUUUAUACAGUCCAUUAAGUGUUUGAACCUACCUAAGUUGAGAAGGAGGGGAGCAGUAUCGUUUCUUCACGCUAAAUGCACUAAAUGUUCACAAAGUAUAAAUAUUGAAAUUAGGUUGAUUUGCAUGGAUUCAGCCAGAAGUAGAAAAGUUACUCCAACUGUCCAGAUAAUUGCAUAAUCACUGAUAAUCAAUAAUGAUUCUUCUUGAGUGUUGUACCUCUGGGUAAUAUAUCUGAGAAUGAAAACUGUGCUAUUACAAAAUAAUUCCCUUUCUAUUCAUACAGAACCAACAGGCACCCAUAAGGUAUUUUUACCUAGUCUGGCUUAUGAUUCUAUUUCCAGGGUGAAGUAAUGCAUAAUGGUCUUAAGGGAAAUUAUCUUCAUAAUCCUGAUUAAGUCCUGACUGUCUUGGAGACUCUUUUCCUGUUUUCUGAUCCCAGAGGCCACAAUCAGUGCAUCUGUCCAAUUGUGUGAAACUGUCGGAAAAGGGCGUUUUUAGAUGAACAGUGUUUACCCGACAGAGGUAAACUCCUUGAUGCCUGCAUAGUGCUAUAACUGGCCUCUUACCUUCAUGUGGCUCAAGGAUUUAUUCUGGACUAUAAGAGACACAUGACCUUUGAACCUGAUCUCAGAAGAAAAGAUGUCCAAGAUGCACUUGGAUCUAGGGAGAAACAAAAAAGGACACAUACUGUACCUUCGGUGUUAUUUUAGUUGGUACAAUUAACUAAAUCCAUUUUAUUUUUGUAAUGCAUCGUUUGGCGGGUUAGUUCUGCUCAACCAUUUCCUCACAACAAAACUGAAUGACUAUUCUAUUGAAAUAAAAUCAAUAUUUAAUGA